AUGGCCAAGGCUGGUAGCAAAAUGGCACUAAUUCUUAACGUGAUUCUAGUGCUCUCUCUUGUUCUAAUGAUUUCCAUAGCUGAGAGUAGACAACUUGGCACUAACAUUGGAUUUGGAGGGAAAAAACCUGCCGCAGUUUGCUUUGCAGUUUAUGGUGCACAGGAGGGUGAUACGUGUACUUCUGUUAGCGAGACGUUCAAUUUGAGUUUUGAUUUCUUCCUUUCUAUCAACCCUAAUAUCAACUGCGACGACUUCUUUGUGGGUCAAUGGCUUUGUACUGCAGGGAGUGCCAACUGA